AAUUUAGUCGAUUUUAAAGUGUGCAAAACGAAAGAAGUGAAAAAAACGUGAAGUUCAAUAUGCCCAAAGCUAUUCUGAUAUUCCUGGGCCUACUGGCGCUCAGCAUGCCAGUCACAAUCUAUGCAGCUGAUGAGCAAACUACAGAUGAAACAGUUGUUCCGACUACUCCCAAUGAUGUCCCUGGAAAUACCCAUGCUCCCGAAACUGAGCCUACAAUUGUAACUGAUGAACCCACUGAAACGACCACUGAGCGUGAUGAGUCAACUACUGUAGAUGAUAUACCCACUGUGACUCCAACUGAUUUGCCUGUUACUCCAACUGGUGCUACCGUAAAUCCAACUACUCCAGCAACUGGUACCACUGUCCCUGCGAAGUGCUUGUAUCAAUCGAUGACCUGGGCCGCUGAGGAUCUGCGUAAAUACUACUGGUGUCUGAACGAUAAGCCCCGUCUCUCCACGUGCAAAGAGGAUUACUAUUAUGUGAAUAAUGCAACAGUUUCUGGCUGCAUUCCCGCCGCCAAAAUGAAUCCAGCCUGUGUCAACUUGGACAUCGCAGUGGGUCCGUGCGAGGGCAUCAAUCUAAAGCAGCCGCAAGCCAGUUACAUACUAACUAAUUUCUGGCUCUGCACGGAAGCCGGUGCAGAACCGGUGGAGUUGACCUGUGUGGAGGACAAGGCGUUUAUCAAGCAGGAUGGCUAUUUGGGCUGCUUCGAUUGGGCGACGUGGAGAUCUUUGCGUUCAUGCAAUUAACACCUAUCUGCAUCUGGCAGCAUUUUAAUUAUGUUCCACAUUUUUGUUGAAUGUGACUUUAUCAUGAUUAAAAAUAUAUAUAUUAAUGAAUUCAAUGGAAAUUCAUUUAAAAUUGAUUACAAAGUAA